AUGUCGUAUACACCAACCUCAUACUACGGCCAUUCGGUCAAAGAUCGAACGUCGGAGUUUCACGGUCUCGUCGAUUCGAUCGCAUCCAGAUCCGCACAACCAGCAAAACAGAAGCUCUUGAAUACCAGUGCGCCAGGUGCAUCGCCCAAGGGAGAGUUUGCUCGUCGAGCGCAAGGCAUUGGCAAAGACAUCGCUUCCACCACUGCCAAGUUGCAGCGUCUUGCACAACUCGCCCGUCGAAAGACACUCUUUGACGAUCGUCCCGUCGAGAUCUCAGAGCUGACCUACAUCAUCAAGCACGACAUCGCAGCGAUUAACAAGCAGCUUGCGGACCUGCAAGCGUUCAACAAGGCCAAUAAGUCUGGCAAAGCUGCAGACCGCACCGAAGAGCACCGUGGCAAUGUGGUUACCCUUCUACAAUCCAAAUUGGCCGGAGCGACGACCUCGUUCCAAGAUAUUUUGGAGGUGAGGACGCAAAACAUGAAGGCGUCCAAGGAUCGAAGCGAGCAGUUCAUGUUCUCCAACUCGGCGGCUGCGGGCAUGGGGCCUGGCGAGAACUCGGUGCUUCGUUCUCGUGGCAAACCUCCGACUGCGCACGAUGCAACAGAUUCUCCGCUCUACAACCCCACACGAACCGGCUCCGCAAUGGCACAUCGCGCUGCGCCGUCUCCGCUCAACCCCGCGCUCCAAGGCUCUGCUUCGUCGGAUGGCUACGAUCCCAAGGGGAAAACCAAAGCCAACGCGGCCGAGUCUGACUUCCUCGCGCUCGACAUGGGUUCUUCAGCCAAUGGUGCCGCAGCAGGGGGAGGCGAUCAGUUCAUGCAGAUGCAGCUCAUGGAACACAACCAGAACAACUACAUGCAACAACGCAGCUCCGCCAUCGAAUCCAUCGAGUCCACCAUCUCUGAGUUGGGCCAGAUCUUCAGCCAGCUAGCCCACAUGGUUGCGGAGCAGAGGGAGACGGUCCAGCGCAUCGACGAUAAUGUCAUGGAGGUCGUUGAUAAUGUCGGAGGGGCGCAGAGGGAGCUGCUCAGGUACUAUGCGAGCGUCAGCAGCAACCGCUGGUUGAUGUUGAAGAUCUUUGGUGUCUUGAUCGUGUUUUUCUUGCUCUUCAUCCUCGUCUCGUAG